AUGGGAUCAUCUUCGGGACAAAGCAGUGGAUCAUAUGAUCUAUCAUUCAAGAUCUUGUUGAUCGGUGAUUCUGGGGUUGGCAAAAGCAGUCUUCUUGUCAGUUUCAUUUCCGGUUCUGCUGAAGAUCUUGCACCAACCAUUGGUGUGGAUUUUAAGAUCAAGCAGCUAGCAGUAGGAGGAAAGCGGUUGAAGCUGACAAUUUGGGAUACUGCUGGACAAGAGAGAUUCAGAACACUGACUAGUUCUUACUACAGAAAUUCCCAAGGGAUCAUUCUUGUUUAUGAUGUGACAAGGAGAGAAACCUUUACAAACUUAGAUGUGUGGACUAAAGAAGUCGACCUCUACUCAACAAAUCAAGACUGUGUCAAGAUGCUCGUUGGAAAUAAAGUUGAUAAAGAUUCUGAAAGACAGGUAACUAGAGAUGAGGGGAUGGCUCUUGCUAAAGAGCAUGGAUGUAUGUUUCUUGAAUGUAGUGCUAAAACUAGAGAAAAUGUGCAGCAAUGCUUUGAAGAGCUGGCAUUGAAGAUAAUGGAGGUCCCUAGUCUUUUGGAAGAAGGAUCUACGGCAGGGAAGAGAAACAUUUUAAAACCAGAACAGCAGCCAGCUGCGAGCCUAGCUGCGAGCGGUGGUUGUUGCUUUUAA